CGUCAAUCCCUUCAUUUAGACCCCGGAUGAAACUGCUAGUGGGGGAAGUGAACAGGGCCAUCAGCACAAUAACUGCAAUUUGGUGGAUAAGGGGGGAAAAUAAAAAAUACAUAGGAUUAAUCCUAACAGUGGACCCUUUGAAACCACCAGGACUAUCUCCAAAUUGGAUUCACGUAAACAUUGGGGGACUGGCAGAAUUGAGCCUUGGAACAGUAGUUUGAGUUAGCUUGCUGCUGACUGUAACGAAGGAAAACAUCUUGCUGAUUAGCUUGCUAGCUACUGUACUGGGAUACGAAUAAAACGCAGGUUUUGAGGGAACGCGUCUAAUUGAAACGCUCUACACAAAUCCAGUGGCUUGCUUCAUGAAUUAUGUCUGCUACAAGUAUUGACCCUCAGAAUUCAAAAGGACAAGACGCUAAAGUCUUUCCGGUUUCAGUGCAAAAUGGCUCACUCCACCAGAAGGAAACUGUCCAUGAUAAUGACUUUGAGCCCUAUCUCACUGGCCAAUCCAAUCAGAACAACAGCUACCAAUCCAUGACUGACCCUUACCUGUCCAGCUACUAUGCCCCCUCCAUUGGAUUCCCCUACCCCCUGAGCGAGGCACCUUGGUCCACCGGUGGCGACCCCCCGAUCCCUUACCUGACCCCCUAUGCGCCCCUUAGCAAUGGAGACCACCACUUCAUGCAUGACACCGUUUUUGGCCAACCUGGGGGACUUGGCAGCAGCAUCUACCCACAUAGAUUUAACUUUUUCCCUGAGAACCCAGCCUUCUCCACCUGGGGUACCAGUGGGUCUCAAGGCCAGCAGACUCAGAGUUCAGCCUAUGGGGGCAGCUACAGCUACCCUCCCAGCUCCCUGGGGGGCACACUAGUCCCUGAUGGUCAGACAGGGUUCCACAGUGACACUCUGAGCAAGGCACCAGGCAUGAACAGCCUGGAGCAGGGGAUGCUGGGGCUGAAGAUAGGUGGGGAUGUGUCGGGCAAUGGCUCAGGCGUGAAGAGUGUGGGCUCUGUGAUCGGCGGUGGUGCUGUGGCUCAGGCUGUUUCUACAGGCAAUGGUGGAACACCAAUUGGCAUGCCCCCUCCUAAGCCCACGUCCUGGGCUGCUAUCGCCAGCAAACCAGCCAAGCCACAGCAGCUGAAGGUCAAGCCAGGCAUGCCCAUGGGGGGAGCCCUGCCACCACCACCCAUCAAACACAAUAUGGACAUUGGGACAUGGGAUAACAAGGGGUCUAUAAGCAAAGUGGCCCCUCCACUGUCCCACCACCAGCAGCAGCAGCUCCACUCUCAUGGCCAUGCCCACCUCCCCCACGGGCUACCCCCUCCCCCUCAGCAGUCUGUUCAAUCUGCCCAGUCCCUUGUGCAGCAGAUGACCAUGGGCCCGCCCCCCCCACAGUCAUACCAGAACCACAACUCAGCCCCACCCCCUCAGACCCGCUGGGUUGCUCCACGCAACCGUAACCCGGGCUACGGUGGGGGCAGCAUGGACAGCAGCGGUUCCUCUAGUGGUGGGGGUGGAGGUGUGCCUCCAGGUUCUGGCCCAGGUCUAGAGAACCACCCUGUUCUGGAGAAUCUGCGGGCUGCCCACAGCUACAACCCUAAGGAGUUUGACUGGAACCUGAAGAAUGGCCGCGUGUUCAUCAUCAAGAGUUACUCUGAGGACGACAUCCACCGUUCCAUCAAGUACUCCAUCUGGUGCAGCACAGAGCAUGGUAACAAGCGUCUGGACUCAGCCUUCCGUGCCAUCAAUGCCAAAGGCCCUGUCUAUUUGCUGUUCAGCGUCAAUGGCAGCGGCCACUUCUGUGGCGUGGCAGAGAUGCUCUCGCCCGUGGACUACGGCACCAGUGCUGGCGUUUGGGCGCAGGACAAGUGGAAAGGCAAGUUUGACGUGGACUGGCUGUUUGUGAAAGACGUGCCUAAUAGCCAGCUGAGGCACAUCAGGCUGGAAAACAACGACAACAAGCCGGUGACCAACUCUAGGGACACUCAAGAGGUCCCUCUGGAGAAGGCUAAGCAGGUGCUCAAGAUCAUCGCAACUUACAAACACACCACCUCCAUCUUUGAUGACUUCUCCCACUAUGAGAAAAGACAGGAAGAAGAGGAGGUUGUCAGAAAGACCUAUGAGCCAGCUCCAAUACAGAGAGGGUCUCGACUUGAUCAGGAACGCCAAAACCGAAGUAAACCACAAUAGAGGAAUGCUCCUUAUAGCUUGAUCAAUGGUUAUACUUGGAUGGACAUAAUGGAAUUUAGAUGAUGAAAAAAGAGGACAUAAAGAAAUUGUCAACUCCUAUUUAUUUUGGCCCACAUCAAACUUUGAGCCACACUGCUUCUGGUCCGGUUCCCAGUCUCUAAGUCGUGCGCAGGGAUGAAGUCAGUUUCCAUUAAUCAAAUUGCUUCAUCCUUAUUUGUUUUCUUUCUUUCUGUAUUUUUAGCCUGGCAGGUCUUUAUUUGCUAUACUCCCACACUCACAUCCUUAACUGAGUAACAAAUAUCUGCACUUCUUUAACAAAAUCUAACAUGCUGCUGAUAUUCAGUGACUGUUCAACUUGUGGUGGUGUGAGUGUUGGAGAAACGUUAAGUGCUUGUAUUGGUUGUUCUGAUUUUAGGAAGAGUGAAUGCGACAAUUAACUGAAUCUUGACAAAUGUUUGAUAACUGUACUUGGCCAGUUUUAUUUUGCAUAAUCAAAAUAAACUGUUCUGUUAUGCCCUUCUUGUCCAUGUGAGGGUGGUCUUGUGGCUUGGUAGAAGAUGUGAAAAGCUUCUGCAAAUGAUGCAUAUAAUGGAUAAUGUGAAAGGCUGUGACAUUAGAACAUUUUAAUGUUUAAAAAAAAGAACUAUUUUUUAAAUUAGGUAUCACUUGGCUUAACACUGUUGUGACAACAAUUUGUUGAAGAAGAGAUACAAUAUGUUUGUUUUUUUUUAUUUGUUUUUUUUCAGUGGAGCCUUAACACUUUUUCUGACAACAGUGUCAAUGAAACUCUAUUUGCUGUACUGUAACUCAAGUGUGUCAGCAAAAAGAUUCAGGGGAAAGAUGUCUAGAACAUCUGCUCUCAAAGGAGGUCCCUUUCUUUUUUUCUUGAUGGGUUGGAAAUGUAAACUGUCUUGAGUUCAAGUUCUUAGCCGGACAAUACUAUUGUUGUCUUAUUUUAAAUCAUAGUUGUUACUUUUCUCUGUUCCCCAUCAUUCCAACAACGGGGUCAAUGAAACUAAGUCAUUUUGGGGACAAAUGUAGCAUGUACUGCUUUUAAAAUCAAGAUAGCCAUGUCACUCUGUUUCUUAUCCUUGUCCUUUUCUUAACAGAUUUAAAGCAUUGAUAUAACCCUUCCACUUCAUCCUCAGAAAUGUUAAGCUUUAAUGUACUGGCAAUGCUAACUGAGAACGCCUCAAAUAUGUAAUCUUAAAAUUAAUUUGACUGAUUUAAUGUCAAGUGUAUGAAAACCCAGAGAAUAGUAUAUAUGGUAUCUGUGUGUGAUUUCUUUUUUUCCGGGACCUGCUUGCUGUACUGUGUAUGUCUGUAUGCGAAAGACAGAGGGGAGUGUGAUUUAUUGAGGGAAUCAGAUGUAUGUAAUGGUAUUGGAAAUUAUUCAUUCAUGAGAAUAUAUACAAAUUUAAGAAAGCAAAUGUUUAAGUCACCCCUGAAUUUAAUAUGCGUUGUAUCGAAGGUCACUAUCACAUUCUUAGAUUUGAUCAUGGUCAUUAUUAAAGGUAUACUAUCUAUUGUAA